GGUACAGCGCUUCCUGUUCUCGCGGGAGCUAGAGGCGGGACUGCCACGUCCAAGCAAACCGGGAAAGGAGCGGAUCCCGGAGCCGCAUGAUGGCCAGAGGCCUGGGGCCCCCCCACUGGGUGAUCGUGGGACUGCUUACCUGGGCGGCCUUGGGACUGCUGGUGGCCGGACACGGUGGUCAAGGCGACCCGCACGAGGACCUGCAAGAGGACUUCCAUGGCCACAGCCACAAGCACUCACAUGAGGAUUUCCAUCAUGGACAUAGCCAUGCCCACGGCCAUGGCCACACUCACGAGAGCAUCUGGCACGGACAUACCCACGGUCAUGGCCAUGGACACUCACAUGAGGAUUUGCACCAUGGCCACAGUCACGGCCACUCCCACGAGAGCCUCUACCACAAAGGACAUGGACAGGACCAUGAGCAUAGCCAUGGAGGCUACGGGGAGUCUAGGGCUCCAGGCAUGAAGCAGGACCUGGACACCGUCACUCUCUGGGCCUAUGCACUGGGGGCCACCGUGUUGAUCUCUGCAGCUCCGUUUUUCGUCCUCUUCCUUAUCCCUGUGGAAUCCAACUCCCCCCGCCAUCGCUCCCUGCUCCAGAUCUUGCUCAGCUUCGCAUCUGGUGGGCUCCUGGGAGAUGCCUUUCUGCACCUCAUCCCUCAUGCCCUGGAACCCCAUUCGCACCACACCUGGGAGCAGUCUGGACAUGGACAUUCCCAUAGUGGCCAGGGCCCCAUUCUGUCUGUGGGGCUGUGGGUUCUUAGUGGAAUCGUCGCCUUCCUGGUGGUGGAGAAAUUUGUGAGACAUGUGAAAGGAGGACACGGACACACUCACAGUCACACACACGGAAAUCACGGGCAUGGAAAACAAGAGCGCUCUUCAAAGGAAAAGCAGAGCUCAGAGGAAGAAGAAAAGGAAGCAGGAGGAUUGAGGAAGAGGAGAGGAGGCAACACAGGACCCAAAGAUGGGCCAGUGAAACCUCAGAACCCUGAAGAAGAAAAAACUGGCUCAGACCUGCGUGUCUCCGGGUACCUGAAUCUGGCUGCUGACCUGGCACACAACUUCACAGACGGUCUGGCCAUUGGUGCUUCCUUUCGAGGAGGCCGAGGGCUGGGGAUCCUGACCACAAUGACUGUCCUGCUGCACGAAGUGCCCCAUGAGGUCGGGGACUUUGCCAUCUUGGUCCAAUCUGGCUGCAGCAAAAAGCAGGCGAUGCGGCUACAACUGCUGACAGCAAUCGGGGCACUGGCAGGCACCGCCUGUGCCCUCCUAACGGAAGGAGGUGCCGUGGGCAGUGAAGUUGCAGGUGGUGCAGGCCCCGGCUGGAUACUGCCGUUCACUGCAGGUGGCUUUAUCUAUGUAGCAACGGUGUCCGUGUUGCCCGAGCUGCUGAGGGAAGCGUCGCCGUUGCAGUCACUGCUGGAAGUGUUGGGGCUGCUGGGAGGAGUUGUCAUGAUGAUUCUGAUUGCCCACCUCGAGUGAGAGGGGGAGAAACUGCCCCACCUCUGCCCCCAUCUCCAGGUCUGGAGGUUGUCUCCGGCCAAGGACAUCUCCCAAAAGGAGUUGUAGCCUAGGAGAAUGGUGGCGUUGGCAUUAGGACCAGCAAGGUUUGGCAGUCUUACAGAGGUGAGACCACGAGGAGCAUCGUGUUGGCUGCUACCUGACCAUAUGGUUGGUUUUGGAAGGCUAAAUGGGGCCAUGAAGAAAGCUGGAAGGGCGAGGAGUGAUGGCAGCUUACCUGGUGUUCCCUACCCCACCUGUUGUCAGAGGAUCAAGCUGUCAAACACAGAACUCUCCAGAAUCUACCUCCCUCUUCCCAGCCAUUGGUAGAGGCUUCAGGGUAGGCCAGAGCCCUGGACAAAGGGGAAUAAGGGGAGGAUUCAGGGGUAAACAUCAAUCGUGUGUCCUGAUUUGGGAGUGAUGGGGAAAUGAGGGGUGGGAGAGGGUUAGUUGGUAAUCUCAUUGCCUGAUUUUUUUGUUUUCUAUUCUUUUUAUAUCACUGUGUUUGAAUUGAGGGGGAGGAGGGUGGUGACCGGAAAUAAAGUACUCGGAUCUUCCGCCUCA